CGCGGCGCUUCCUUUGUCUUUGCCGUGCUGUGCUGAGCGACAUGGGCCUCUUCUCGUCCGCCCCCGACGAGGAGCAGCAGAAGGCAUGCCUCGCCGCCCUCGCCGCCGCCUUCCCCGACGUCAGCGAGCGGACCCGCAAGCAGUACGCGGCGUCGCACAAGUUCAAGCCCGCCAGGGCGUCCAAGGCGCUGGGCGAGAGCGAGAAGUGGCGGGCAGAGACUCUGCCAAGAGCGCCCGGCCCCGACGGCAGCGAUGGCGCCGCCGCCGCGUCGCUGCUCUUCACGCACCGCGGCUUCGACCACCACGGCCGCCCCGUCUUCCUCUACUACGGGAGUUCCUUCGCGCCCAAGAAGUGGGACGCGGACGCCGUCAUGCUCGGCGUCGUGCACACGCUCGAGGCGGGCUUCGCCGCCGCCGAUGCCAAGGACCCGACCAACGACGGCUGCUGCGUCAUCAUCUUCCUCAUGGACGGAGGCACCAAGCUCGACAUGGGCCUUGCCAAGCAGUUCUCGCGCCUGGUCGGCGCGCACUACCCAGGACGUGCGUACCUGGCGCUCAUCUACCCGGGCACGCCUCCCGCCACCAGGCUGUGGGCGGUCGCGCGACUCUUCUUCUCCUCUGAGAUCGGGGAGAAGGUCGUCCUCGUCAAGCAGAAGGUGGAGGGGCGCAAGACCUUCGAGGAGCACCUCCCUGAGGAGACCCUCUCCCUCGUCGGCAUCGACAGCUGGGACAAGGAGAGCCCCCCCCCCCCGCAAUAGGUGCCGUGGGGGUCCGACCCAGACCGCGAUGGCGCGCCGGCGUGCGACGCCGACGCCGGGGCUGUGGCGGCGGCGGGGCCAGCCUGAGCCUACUAACAUAUAGAGUCGGGCGCGCGUUGUGUCGCGGGGAGUCAGAGUGGCGCGGGCCGUGGAUUGGCGGCCAGCUGGAUCAGCUACCGCACCGCGCGGCGUCCCCAUCGCAUCACGACGAGGAUAUACGGCUUUAUGCGUGCGGAGAGUCGCAAUGGACUCGGUCCCGGUCAGACGUGAGUGUCGUGAGGGAGGGGAGGCGGGGGACACGGGAAGUCUGGGCAACGUAAACGUAGAAAUAGACUAUAGAGCCGUAAGGAAAGUGAGUGCCCCCAGAGAGGCCAGAGUGCAGAGACCUGUGAGCAGAGUCCAGAAAAUCUCGCGAUCCGAAAACCGCGCGCGCGCACAAACACACGUCACAGUUUGUACAGUGUACUACUGGAGUACACACACAUAUGCACAUCCCACAUCAUGCACAUGCUAGCGCAUCUCUGCCAGUGGCGCCGAUGGCGACGGCGCGAGGGAGCAGGCCCAGGCGCACAUCGCUUCCAGGGAGGGGGGCGCGCUUCUCUCCCCCCAGCACCUUCACCACAUGCUAGGGGGGGGGGUCCCGACCCCCCCAGCGCCUCCACCACAUGCUGGGGGGGGGUCAUGGACCAGGACCCCCCAGAGACUCUUGGUCAGGCCCUCCGGGGCCUUAAUUUUACACCUCAUUUCGCAGCAUUUUCUAGGGGAAAAUCAUCCCUUGG